AUGGCCCCAUUCACUGUUAUACAAAAUGAGGACCCAUUCAUUCUAUUCAUCUCUUCACCAACAAUAGGAACGCAAGCUCAAGGGACCCCUGUGACGCCGACGAAGGCAUCUUCCCAUGCUUUGCUAAACCGUGUCUGCGACAGGCCUGGUGCCGCCAUCUCCAAGCAGCUUCGAGCGAGUCAACAAUCAGGCAAGAGGACACGAAGCCCAAGCGCGCAGCUUCGAGCCGAACUAGAGAGUGCUGUCUCCGGUAUAGCCUCCGCAAAAGGGCACGAAGAAGCACUCCGCAUCCUUUUCGUACCAUACCCAGACGUCAAAGACAUAGCAGAAGAAACGCACCUCGCCAUCGAUGCAUCCAAUACCUCCGACCGCUUCUUAGCUCGCUAUCCCAUGUACGAUGCCGAAAACAUGUCAAUGAUCCAGCAAGAACUAGGCAAAGGCUUCGCCUCUCACGGCAUGACGAGCACAAAACCCUACUACGAGAUCCCUAUCCUGCACCAAGGCGUCGUCACGAUGCAGCAUCUCUCCCACAGCUUCAACCGCGACGUGACAUUCCGAUCCUGGGAAUGGUUGCAGGCCCAGCUCAAGAUGGUCACUGCUCGACCAAAAUGCUCUUCAACAGCCAAAGUUCGCUACCCACCACCACGCAAGACCCCAACCCAUCCACGGAAAGCGCAGCAGCACGCCUUAUUCUCCGACUCCAACAUCCCCUGCAUCAUAUUCCUCCACUGGACCAUCGACCCCGGACCUUCUAGUGCCGAGAUCAGCGCCAUCUACGCCACCAUCGCCAGCAUCCAAUCCUCCCGCCCUGGACAACUCUUCCGUGCCUUCCCCUCCCACUCAGAACUGACCCGUGAAACCUCCAAAAUCCCCGACAUCCACGCCCUCGACGCCAUCGCCUCCACCUCACCCCCAAACUACACCUACAGACCGCAAACCUGCUUCACGCACGGCGAACGCGCCCACGACAUGACCCGCUGCCCCCUCCGCGGCCACCGGCAAAUCAUCAUGAAGCGAACCCGCAGCUGCGGCGGCGACCACGUCGAAUGCAUCGACGGCGACACCGCCCUCCCACGGCACAGACCCUCCCCCCCACACCGCUGGUUCGGCCAAUCCUACGAACCCUCCUUCUCCCUCUUCGGCGAAUUCCGCGUCUACAUCACCGCCUCCCCCUCGCCCGGCCACCCCCGCGCCCUCCGCGGCCGCGAGGGCCGGGUCCGGCACACCGUCGUCACGGAGUGGGUCCGCGGGCACGACCCCGGCGCCAUGUACGCGCGCGCGGCGACGGCGCUGGAUUUCCGCGCGCCGGACGUGCGGCCGCUGGGGCUGGCGGACCUGCACGCCUUCGCUUUAUACAUAUAUGACCGGCUGCGCUCGCGCGAGGAUUGGAGGGAGCAGUUUGAGAGUCUGGAGAUGGGGGUGCGGUUGGAUGUGGGGGUUGGGACGGAGGGGGGGAAGGGGGAGGAGGAAGAGGAGAAGGGGAAGGAGAAGGAGAAGAAGCGGUUCUUUGUGAACGAGAUCACGCGCUUCUACGGGGCUGAUUAUUUCAGCCAGCAUACGCUCGGUACGCCGCAGCAGGAGGUGUGUUGGGCGUUUGCGGAGGCUGUGGAUGGGUAUUUUGGUGCGGAGAAGGGCGGAGGUUAA